UUUGAUUGGGAAGGUUCAUGACUCCUUCCUGAGUAACUGGGUCCCUGAGAGCAUUUGGAGAGAUGAUUCAUGAAUUGGUAACUCCAUGUGGCACUGGCACCUUUGGAUCAGCAGAAAGUGGGAUGGCCCCGCUCUGAUUGGAAAGCCCAUUAAACUACAAAAGGCUCAGUGGAAUAUCCAGAGGGCAAGAACUCAGAAACCAACAUGAAAUAGAUGAUUAACCACUAAUGUACUGAAAUCUCAGAAUAUUCUCAAAUAUAAUUUAUAAAUUCAUUAUGAUAAUUUAAAUUAAAUAUUAAACCCAAGCUACAAAAUCAACACCUUACCUUUCCCCUAUAUAUAAUCCCCAUUUGCAGCCAACUCCAAGAACUUCUAUCUAAACUCACCAACUCUUCAGACAUGUACAGUUCAACUUCCACAUCCACUCAAAUAUUCCAAGGAUUUCUAGGGGAAUUUUACUCUAGAAGAUUGCUAUUACAGUCCCCUAUUUACCAAUCACCAAUCGCAGCAGCUCCCCCAUCCCCUGGAAACAACCAUGAUCCAUCAGAAGAACCUUACACAAGUGGUAACACUUUCGAUGCCAAUGUUGUUAUGGUCCUGUCAGUCCUUUUGUGUGCUCUAAUUUGCUCUCUGGGAAUAAAUUCUAUCAUUAGGUGUGCACUAAGAUGCUCGAAUCUAGUAUCCUCUGAACCUGGGAUCAUUCCUUCAGCUCGGUUGGCAAACACAGGAGUCAAGCGAAAAGCCUUGAAGACAUUUCCCACAGUAAUCUACUCAACUGAACUGAAGCUGCCUGGCUUGGACAGUGAGUGUGUCAUAUGUCUCUCAGAGUUCACUCCAGGUGAUCGAGUGAGGCUUUUGCCCAAGUGCAACCAUGGGUUUCAUGUCUGCUGCAUUGACAAAUGGCUUAGCUCCCACUCAUCCUGUCCCACAUGCAGACAUUGUUUGAUCGAGACAUGUCAAAAGAUUGUCAGUUGUAGCCAGGCCAGCUCAUCAGAACCUCCGUCACUAGUCCAAGAAAGCAUCAUCACCAUAGCACCACUAGAACCUGAAGGUUUGAUGCAUAAUUAUAGGGUAAUUAGCUAAAUACAUGUAUUUUGUGUAAAUAGCAUAACAUAUUAGCUUGAUCCUGAUGGCUAUUCCUUCAAGGUUAGCACUAGAAGGCAUUAAUCAGUUCAUGCUACUGAUCAAAUGCCAGUAUGCAUUUCCUAGUGUUAGUUGUAAAUUUCUUGACAAUGCAUAACAGUAACUUGUUUCAUUCUUUUACCACCAAUGUGUAAAACAAAAUUGUAACAGUGUGAAACUUUUAAUGUUUACUUAGCCGAAUGACGCAAAAAGUAA